AUGGCCGGGCCGGGCGGCGGGGCGCCCUGCAGCCCCGGGCUGGAGCGGGCCCCGCGCCGGAGCGUCGGGGAGCUGCGCCUGCUGUUCGAGGCGCGCUGUGCCGCCGCCGCCGCCGCCGCCGCCGCCGGGCAGCCCCGGGCCCGCGGCGCCAAGCGGCGAGGCGGGCAGGUCCCCAACGGGCUCCCGCGCGCGCCCCCGGCCCCGGUGAUCCCGCAGCUGACGGUGACCGCCGAGGAGCCGGACCCCCCGCCCAGCCCCGGGCCGCCCGGGCCGGAGGGCGCCUGGCUCCCGGCCGCCGGCUCCGCGCACCUGCAGCAGCCGCGCCGCCUCUCCACCUCGUCGCUCUCCUCCACCGGCUCCUCGUCGCUGCCCGAGGACUCGGAGGACGACCUGCUGAGCGACAGCGAGAGCCGCAGCCGCGGCAACGUGCAGCUGGACGCGGGCGAGGACGCGGGCCAGAAAAGCCACUGGCAGAAGAUCCGGACCAUGGUGAACAUGCCCGUCAUAAGCCCGUUCAAGAGGCGCUACGCCUGGGUGCAGCUGGCGGGGCACACCGGGAGCUUCAAGGCGGCGGGCACCAGCGGGCUGAUCCUGAAGCGCAGCUCGGAGUCGGAGCGCUACUGCCUGGCGCGGCUGAUGGCGGACGCGCUGCGCGGCUGCGUGCCCGCCUUCCACGGCGAGGUGGAGCGCGACGGCGAGAGCUACCUGCAGCUGCAGGACCUGCUGGACGGCUUCGACGGCCCCUGCGUGCUCGACUGCAAGAUGGGCGUCAGGACGUACCUGGAGGAGGAGCUGGCCAAAGCGCGCGAGCGGCCCAAGCUGCGGAAGGACAUGUACAAGAAGAUGCUGGCCGUGGACCCCGAGGCGCCCACGGAGGAGGAGCACGCGCAGCGCGCCGUCACCAAGCCGCGCUACAUGCAGUGGCGGGAGGGCAUCAGCUCCAGCACCACGCUGGGCUUCCGCAUCGAGGGCAUCAAGAAAGCCGACGGGUCCUGCAGCACAGACUUCAAGACCACGCGGAGCCGGGAGCAGGUGACCCGGGUCUUCCAGGACUUUGUGCAAGGGGACGCGGAGGUGCUGAGGAGGUAUUUGAACCGCCUGCUGCACAUCCGGGACACCUUGGAGGUCUCUGAGUUCUUUAGGAGGCACGAGGUGAUCGGCAGCUCCCUGCUCUUCGUGCACGACCACUGCCAUCGCGCGGGGGUGUGGCUCAUCGACUUCGGCAAGACCACGCCCCUCCCUGACGGCCAGACCCUGGACCACCGCAGGCCCUGGGAGGAGGGCAACCGCGAGGACGGCUAUUUGCUGGGGCUGGACAAUCUCAUUAGCAUCCUGGCCAGCCUGGCCGAGAGAUGA